AUGGAUUUGCCACCACAGUACCCGUCGGCUGCUUCAUUUGCCACCGCUUCUUUCACUCAACCAUCAUCUUAUGCAGCUCAAUACACAUCACAUAAUGACAUUCCCGAACCCUCUAGUUCUGCUUCGCCGCCACCGGGUGGAUCUGUGCCUGGAGCUCCUCCGAUGAGCCUCAUUUUAACUAUUAGAUUAUUGAUGCAAGGAAAGGAAGUUGGAAGUAUAAUUGGAAAACGAGGAGAUCAAAUCAAGUUGAUUCGGGAAGAGUCUGGAGCCAAGAUCAAUAUCUCCGAUGGAUCUUGCCCGGAAAGAAUUGUGACAAUCACUGGCUCUUUGAAGACGAUUGACAAGUCUUUUGCGAUGAUUUGCAACAAAUUCUCAGAUGACAUGAAAGCUUUGCCCAACUCGGUACCAAAGCCACCGAUCACUAUGCGAAUGAUUGUGCCAGCCACACAAUGCGGAUCUCUAAUCGGGAAGGGUGGCAGUAAAAUUAAAGAGAUUCGAGAGGCUACUGGAGCUUCAUUACAAGUGGCAUCGGAAAUGUUACCCUCAUCAACGGAACGAGCGGUCACCUUAUCCGGCACUGCCGACGCGAUUGUGCUCUGUAUGAAAGAGAUUUGCAACAUUCUGCUCGAGGCACCGCCAAAAGGCGCAACCCUGCAGUACAGACCGAAACCGACCUUUAAUCCCUUAUUGAUCGCCUCUUCGGCGGCAGCAGCUGCGGCUCAACAGCAAGCCGUAGCUGCUCUCCUCACACAACCAUUUCACGGGCAACCAAUCCUCACUGCUUCGGCUGGGGCAGCCGAUUUAACAAGAGCCUCUCAAUUUGGUGCUUUUAUGCCAUCAAACGCGUCACUUUCACUCGGCGAUCCAACCGGAGCUGCCACUUCAUAUGCCGGAUAUUUGCCAAUGUAUGGUGGAAUUUUAAUGCACUCUGAUGCAAAUGCGAGCGCUGGCUUGAUGGGCGCGGGAUUGCCGCCACAGUGGAACAGCGAUGAGGCGAAAAAAUUGGAACUUGGUUUUUCGGGUCUUGGCCAAUAUGCGGCUCUUAACACCAGUAUGUUGUUGGGAGCGCAUCUCGUGAAGGGCACCUCACCUCCAUCAAAGCAGCCAACAUCGCAGACCGGCUCAUCGACACGAUUCACCCCGUAU